AGCCUGUCACACAGAUGGGAAAUCACUGGCGCUGUUGGCCCAGCUGCUGUUUCAAUAAGAGCUUUACACAUAAGCAUGCAUAGGUACAUGUACACAAUGUUUAUGUCUAGAACCAAAAAGAGAGAGAAGAAGAACAUUUAAGUAUAUUUUGGUCAAUAAAAGUGUUAAGUACCAAGUUAUUUCUGAUACACUUCGACAUAUAACAUUCUGUGCACUCUAGGUGUACAGUGUGUGGGCCUGUGAUAAUGUUUUACUGUGAUGAAUCUUUACACAACUUAAACAAGUUGUAAAGUUAGUAGUGCUAUUCCUGUAAGCACAGUUUGAGUUGUUAUCAAUUUGAGUUGAUAGCUCAGGAAUAAAGCACAUACCCUGAUGCCUUUCCCGCUACAUGUGUCAUAUAUCAUCAGUCCAAUGAGGUCACAGGCUAGCAGCACUACAUUUAGAUUUAUAAUGACACUGCUUAUCAGGCAAUACAUAACUGUCAAAGUCAUUUUUUUUAACAUUCAUUGUUGUUAAGUAUCAUUUAUUUUCGUUUCAAUGAAUAUCUGUCAACAUGUACGUGCUUCAUCCCAGCAUGCAUUGCAGGGAAACACAAGGUAACACCUUAAACAGGUCAGAAGUCCAUCAGUAGGUUAACACAUUUUCACAAAUGGCCCAAGACAUUCUGAUUUGACUUAAAACGCUGGACAAGGGUUGGUUGUUAUACACAUAGACUGGUUAUACAUCCCUCUCCUUGUGCUGCAGGCUCUUCGAGGCCAUCAGUUGAACAAGUUUACAGUUUGUCUCAGACUCAGAAAGGCUUGGGGAAAUCCCUCAGACACACACCCUAUGAGGAAAGACGCAUGUUGCAGUGCCAGUAGAGUUCUGGAAUCUACGUCUUAAUUGUACACGAAACAAAAAGGCUCACACGUCACUUGUUGACCAUGGAUUGCAUAACGUUGCCAUAUUGUGCAGUGUGAUGCAAUAUAACAACAAUUUGAUUUUAAUGUAGCAGUAUUGUGUUUUUUUAACUACUAACUAUCACGUAUCAUAAGGUAUUAUAUCGACAGAAUAGGUGACCUUACACUACUUUUGCUCAGUAACUAAUGAGUUAGUUAGCAUUAUUUCAGUAACAUUGUUUUGAGAACAGUUUCAUCAUCACCCAUAACCCAUACGGGUAAACAUGUUCAAUACAAUGGAUUGUCAUUCAAAUAUUUAAGUUAGUGUGCUGAGUUUUCCAAUAAAUAUCUUCUAUGUUGUGAAUGAAAUGAUAAGAAACCACAAAUAUACCACAAGUUUUGAUUCCAUGAAAGCUUAAAACAGUUAAUAAAUAUGUAGCUGUUAUAUGCAAUCUGCUGAGAAGGAAAACGUUUAUUUUGUAAACCACUCCCAAGGGGCUUGGCCAAAAGUGUGCAAAGACUAUAAGAGAGGUACAAUUUCAGGUGGAGCAUCACUCAGGUGAGGCUUUCAGAUACCAAUGUCUCCACCCUCUCUCUCUCCUGCCUGAGGAUAGUACUUUGACUCUACCAGACACAGGAGCUGUCAUCUCUGACUGAACAAGGUUAUUCUUUAGGUAUGUUGGCAGAUCUGGAGACGAUGGCUUAUGUGACUGAGAUCAGGCUUAGCGCAGGUCGGGGGGCUUGGAGCGCAGCGGCCCCCUCCUCCUGCCCUGAGGUGGACCUGGAGGUCAUCGAGGAGUACCUGCAGGAGCACUCUAUGGAGGUCCAUCCUGCGCACACUACUGCUUCACCUCCGGCCACUGUGUCUCCACACGCACACCCCCACCAGGGCACCAGGAUCACAGUGAACAGCUGGUCAGGCAAGCAUCCGUAUGAGUGGCACUCUCACACUCCUCACGAGGAAUAUGACGAGCAAGCUCUGCAUCCAGCCUGGCCUAGUCCCCAUGACAACCAAUGGGACCACAUUCCGUAUUCCUACGGGGCCCCUGGAUACUUUGACUCAGACUCGCUGUCCAGUGGCUCCCAGUACCAGGAGUACCAAGAUUCCCCGUCACCAUUGUCUGACAGGGGAGGAGGAAUUGAAAGAGACCUCCUGCCUCUUGCCCCACUUUCAGGAAAGAGGAAGGAGCGGUUGUUCCAGUUCCUAUUUGAGAUGCUCCAGACUCCAUCGAUGCGGAGCUGCAUCUGGUGGCUUCAAUCCUCCUCUGGCACGUUCCAGUUCUCCUCUGAAAACAAGGAGCGCCUGGCACAGCUGUGGGGCAAGAGGAAGGGCAAUCGCAAGACCAUGACCUACCAGAAGAUGGCGCGGGCCCUGAGGAACUACUCUCGCACAGGCGAGAUAAAAAAGGUGAAGAGAAAGCUCACCUACCGUUUCGAUGAGAAGACACUGAGAGGCCUUCAAGGAGACUCUCAUUCAGUGUAGGAGGCAUGAUGAGUAGGCAUAUAAAUUGAAUAAGUGCAAAGGAUGUUCUGAUGGUCUUCCGGUUAUCAUCCUUUCUGAUAACCUUUCUGUUUCUAAUUAUAAGUCGAAAUAAAUGAAUACUGAGUAUUUGAAAAGCCAGAAGAUGUAUGUAUGACUGGCAUUAAAACAUAUGUAAAUCUUAAAGGUUAUCACAUAAUAUCUACUUCAUAAGUAGAAUUACAAUUAUUCUUUUUUUUUUUUAAAAGGUCUGCAUUUCUGUUUUUAUGUGAUUCUGCAUUGCAGAUAUUAAACAAAUAAAAUCGCUUCUUAUUAUUUACAUAAUUGGGUUUUGUAAAACAUG